AUGUCACAUAAUGUGAAGCCUUCGCAAGCCUUGCAUCAUGGAAUUGUUGAAAAAGGUGAACUGGAUUGUGUUGGCCUGGAUAAGUACCAAUGCUACAUUCGGAGUUGGCCUGGCCAUGGGCCUGUACUACUAUGGUCUCCGGACAACCAUUGCUGCUUACUCUGCAAUUUUCUCAACCUGGUUCCGAUUGUGACCUUCAUCAUCGCCAUUCUGCUAAGGUCCGAGACACUGGCACUGGCAAAAUGGUCUGGAAGGAUGAAAUUCUUCGGUGCAUUGCUCUGCAUGAGCGGGACUCUGCUGGUGAGCCUGCUGAAAGGCCGCAUACUGCACAUUUGGCCAACCGGCCUGCUGCUGCUGCAAGGCUCCCAUGGUCAUGCCCCGGCGAGCCCCACCGGCGCUCACCACAACAACAUGGUUGCUGGCACGCUGUUCCUGUGCGGAAGCUGCGUCGGUUAUUCUCUUUGGUUGAUCAUCCAGGCAAGGCCUGCGACGGUUUUUCCAUCAAAGUACUGGACUACCGUGCUGACCUGCCUCGUCGGAAGCAUAGAAUGCUUUCUGGUGGGCAUCUGCUUGAGUGAUGACAAAGCAGAGUGGGCACUCAAGUGGGACCUUCAGCUCCUCAUCAUCAUUUACUCGGGCGUGUUGAACACGGGCGUCAUGUUCGUCCUAAUAUCUUGGGUGAUAAGCAAGCGCGGGCCCAUCUAUCCCCCUAAUGUUCAAUUCGCUCUUCCUCAUUGUCUCGACGGUCCUCGACUCGGUGCUGCUCGGCACCAACAUCUACCUGGGAACCGUGGUGGGGACAGUGUUGAUAGUCCUGGGGCUCUACGGGUUCCUGUGGGGCAAGGACAAAGAGCUCAAGCUCGCGGCAGCCGCACGGGCGCAGCAAGAGGCACAGGAGGCUGCACAGCACGAGUAGCAAGACGAGAUAGUCUAGCAGGACACGAUCUUCGGCUACAUGGACACUUGGCCACUGACUGGCAGAAGGAAGGAGAAACCCUACAAUUGACUCUACGUACGUCGUUGUUGUAG